AUGAAUUAAUCAACAGCAUUGGAUGACUACACCUUAAAAGAAAAUUUAUCAAGAUUAAGCAAUCUGAUGAGUACUUAAAAAAAGAAUUAGAUGGAUUAAAAACCUCAUUUACAAAAUUAGUAGAUGAAAAAGACUAUAUUUAUGAAUUUGAAAUUCUUCGUUAAACCUCAAGUGCCCAAGGUUCAAGCACAAACACAAAAACAUACUAAAGUUCCAGAAACAACUUCCACUCAGAGUUAGACUCCAAAAACUAUAACAAAAUAAUAAAUGUACAGACCACAAUCCAUGGCUCUUUUUAAGUAGAUUUCAGAAUUCAGAGAGCUAAAACAUUAAGAGAGUUCAAUCAAACAAGAUUUAUCUCAUUAUAAGGAUUGGGUUGGCUUAUCAGUAGUUGAUCGAAAUGAAAUAUUUCAAAAAAAGAAGCAAUUGAAAAUAAAAAAGCUUAAAGAAGAGAAAGAAUAAUAGAUUAUUAAUGCUUGUACAUUUACACCUAAAUUAUCUCAAUAAAUCAAGUAUUCAAGUCCAUAAUCUUAGAUCAUAAGUAAAUCAUAUCUUGAUUUACAUAAAUAAAAACAGAAUUAUAAUGAUAAAUUAUAUUGA